UCACAUGCAAAUGAAUCUCGCUCCCUCCCUGGCUUGCAUUACUGCCUCAGCGAGGUGCUCAGUGCACACUACACAGUGCACGGCUUUCCUAGCAAAUCAGCUUUACAUUUUUCUUUGCUUAGACACUUUGCUGUGGAGAGGAAAAGCCACAGACUGGAGAGGAAUAGGGAAAGAGGCACAUAAGAAGAAAAACUGCUGUACUUGGCCAUCUUCUCCUAAAACUGUUUGGACACAGAUUGAAGCAGGCACCAGAAGAGUGGCAGCCCUACAGAGAGAGUGUACAGUUUGUGUUAUUGCUCUACAGUGAGAGUGGUUUGUCAGAGGAGGAGGCAGAGGAAGGAAGAGAGUUGCCUGUUGUCGUGGUCUCUCCCCUGAGUGGCUGAGGGGUGGCUCUUGGUGACAGGAAACGCAAGGCUUGCAAUGAGACCUCAGCGCUGAGUGGAGUAUGCUGCAGACGAUUUACGAGGGCGAGUCAAGUUUCUCCACAACAGAAGGGCGCGUUGGAUACCAGCAGUUCCCCAACCAGAGCAAGAUGCACAACGUGAACAACUCAGUGGACAUUAAACCAGAAGUGCCAUUGGCUGUGGAGUCCUUAUCUCCGUUGGACCUGCGUACAGAUCUGAGGAUGUUGGGUUCAGGCUCGGACCCGGGACUGUGGGAAAGGCAGCUGCAGCAGGAGCUGCUCCUCAUUCAGAAGCAGCAGCAAAUCCAGAAGCAACUACUAAUCAGCGAGUUCCAGAAGCAGCAUGAGAAGCUGACCCGUCAGCACCAGGCUCAGCUCCAGGAGCACCUCAAGCUCCAGCACGAGCUCCAGGCCAUGAAACAGCAGCAGGAACUUGCUGAAAAGGAGCGUCGUCUGGAGCGGCAGCAGCAGCAGCAGAACCAGCAGGAGAAGGAACAGGAGAGGCAUCGGCGAGAGCAGCAUGUUUCUUGCCUGAUCCUUAGGGGCAAGGAGCGCUCCCGAGAGAGUCUCACAGGUGCAGUGGCAAGUACAGAGGUCAAGCAGAAACUCCAAGAGUUUCUGUUGAGCAAAUCAGCAAAGGACCCUGGCAGCAAUGGCGUCAAUCAUUCUUUCAUCCAUCACCCAAAGCUCUGGUACACGUCCUCUCACCACACAUCACUGGACCAAAGCUCUCCACCUCUGGGCGGCACAUCCCCCACCUGCCAUUAUACUCUGCCAUCACCCAUAGAGAGCAAAGAUGACUUCCCCUUGAGAAAGACAGCCUCUGAACCCAACCUGAAGGUACGAUCCAGACUGAAGCAGAAGGUAGCAGAGAGGAGGAGCAGCCCGAUGCUCAAGAGAAGAGAUGGACUCAUCACAACGCCUUACAAGAAGAGGGCUCUGGAAUUAAUUGACGAUACGCCCACUAACAGUGCCCCCGGCUCCGGCCCCAGCUCUCCCAUAGGGGCCUCCAGUGCCUUAGGGGCUGAAAAUGGACCCUCCUCUCUUCCCACUACCACAAAAACGGAGAGAUGGCCCUCACAGCCGAGAUUAUUCCAACCUGAGGGCGCUGUGUCCAUGCUGAGUUUAUACACAUCUCCCUCCUUACCCAACAUCUCCUUGGGGCUUUCCACUGCAUCCUCACCCAUAAGUGCCGCUAUGGGAUUGAAGGACAGAUCGACAGAAAUCAAGCAUGGGCUGCCUGGGCACCUGCUGGGCCCUGUGCCCCUUCAGACGGGCCUUGAGUCUAAAGUGAGCCCCAGUCACCAGGCCCUCCUCCAACACCUUCUCCAGAAGGAGCAGAUGAGGCAGCAGAAGAUGCUCUCCUCUGGCCAAGGCACCAUGUCAUCCCACCCUCAGUCCCCUCUGGCAAUGAAGGAUCGCCCCUCCAGCAGUCGGCCUAAACUACCAAAACACCGGCCCUUGAACAGGACCCAGUCAGCGCCACUGCCUCAGAACACACUUGCUCAACUUGUCAUCCAGCAGCAACACCAGCACUUCCUGGAGAAACAGAAACAGUAUCAGCAGCAGAUCCAGAUAAAUAAGAUCAUUGACUGCAGGAUAUCAUCAUUAAUGCUGAGCCAAUGUGUUUUUCAGCUGUUGUCCAAGUCCAUUGAGCAGUUACGUCAGCCCAGUACACACCUGCAAGAAUCAGAGGAAGAGCAGGAGGAGCAGCACAGGGAGCUGGCAGAGAGCAUGCAGGAGGACAGGCUGCCCCCUGGAGGAGUCAUCCGGAAGCACACGCUGAGCAGUAGCAGCAGUAGUGGCUCAAGCGGCGAGCUCCACGAUGCUCAUUACGGGGUCAUCAAGGUCAAGGAGGAGCCGGCUGAUAGUGAGGAUGAGGCCCUGACCAAUCAGGGCUUAGAGUCCGAUCAGAGCACCUAUCUUCACCAGGUCAAAGGACGAUUGGUAAUAAGAGCCAUGAUCUGAAAAGGGAAGAGGAUGAGAUCACACAUUCGCAACAUUCGCAGAUAAACAAAUCUCUACAAACAUGUGCAUCUACAUCUCUGCAGUUUACACACACACACACACACACACACACACACACACA